GCCCUUUGCGCAGGCGAGCUGUGAGGCAGAUUAAAACAUGACUGAUACAGAUGAAUCCCACACUUCUGGUUCUGAUUUUCCUGAUGCCCAAGAUCUCAUACCUACUCAGAGGAAAAAAAGAUCUGAAAUACCUGGGUGUGCAUCAAGUGCACACAAGGAACAUUUGUGCUCAAGGCAGAAGGAUGCCAGUCCUGAGGAGACUUCAGAUGAGAUGAGUAGUACGUAUACGUCUUCAACUGAGGUGGAUAGCAGUGAUUCGGAAAUGGAUGUUUCAGCUGCUAGUGGCAGCAAGCAACAUAGGAAACACUUUGUUGUACCUUCAAAGCAAAAGAAGAAAUCGCAGCCUUCAAGGCAACAAGCAGAAGCUGAUGCAGGAAUGCCUGGCAGUGAAAGUUCCGAUUCUUCUCUGCCCACUCAGAGCCCAGUGAAGCCACCUGAAGCCUCCCAAGAGAAGAAAUCUAAGCUGAAUCUGAAAGCCAUUUUUGCCUAUCACUUCAGAGGAAGGAAGUUUAAAGCUGCUGCACACCGGAAAUACAGGAGCAGUGGUUCACAGAAGACAAAGAGACCCCCUGGGGGCUCACGGAAGCGUGGUAGGAAGCAGCCCAUGACAGCCUCGCCUCAGGAGCGAAGGAAAAGGCUUAAGGAUCGAGGCUUUCAGUUCCCUUUUGUUGAAAAACAUUAUGGGAGAAAACAUAUUCCCUUAAAGAUGGUUCUUAGCUACGAGCAAGCAGCUGCAAAGGGAUAUUUCCAGUAUGUUGAAAUGCUCAAAUAUGAAGAACACCUCAAAAAGGCUUUGAAAGCCCUUGAAGCCAGUGAAGACUUAGAAAGAGAAUGCCUGGCAGUGCGGAAACACAAAUAUUUGGAUGACGAAGGCCCCAUUUCUCCUAUCCAGGAGACAAAUGAUGAUGAUAAUAACUGCUUGGGCUCUGAUAAUCCAGAAGACUUCGAUGUCAGAGUAGUGGACAACAGCUGUUUCAUUAUAAGCAGCAAAAUUCCCAACAAGAAGAAAUCAAAGGCCAAAACAAAGCGAGCAAAGUCAGCUGGAGUGGUUGAAGUAAAGAAGAGUGGUGCUGCUAACUGAAUAUUUGUGUGGUUCUCUUUGAGUGAACAGAACAUGAACGAAUAAGGUGGCAGCAGUCACUUUUCAGAGACCUUAUUAAGGUCUGCUUGUCUUAAAAUGUUGAUCUGAAGUCAGCAUUGAGCUGUCAGCCAGGCAACUUCAUCAGAAUCAAUUUAAGUUUGUUGCUUUUGAAUGAUGAAUAUUGAUCAACUGCUGUGAGAGCUGGUGCACAAAUCUGUUACCUCUGUGCUGUCCUGUGGAACACCUUGGUUAAGGAGCAAGCCCACCUGACAGUGCAGACCAGAGGAAUGCCUUGGUGGCAGGUGAUAUGAGGAAAUGGGAGAAGAUAGGCAGAAAGCCACUUGACAGAGACAGGAGCUUCCUUACAGGUUAGUGUGCUGUCUGACCUUUUGCAGAUGCAUCAGUGUUUGAGGGGCUCUGGUUUUCAGUGGCUCUAGCUGUUCACCAGAUGAAGCUCAAUGCCUUUUCGAGUGUUGCAGGGGCAUAAUUCAGUGAUGUUAGUAUAUUUUAAAGUAAUAUUCCCUUUCAGUCUGUUAAGUGAAGAUUUCUUUAAAUCUGGUUUAUCCCAAGAAAGAUCUCAGUCUGAAAUGAAGCGACGAGCUUAACUUUCUAAACUUGGGCUUCACUUUAAAAGUAAAUGAGUACUUAGGGAAGUUAGGAGUGUUUGAAUAAAUGUUGUAGUUAAUUCCCUCCGUUUUAUACUGUUCACGUUCAUGUAAUACAGUUCAUGUAAUCCUAGCUUUCAACAUUAAACUGUUGCUGAUGUGGAGUUAUUACUGCAUCUUCCAAAUGAAAUGGUAGUGUAACAUUUCACUCCCUUUUCCCACAAAAGUCAUGACAGAAGUAAGAAGGCACUUUAUACGAGUUGUAUCAGAUGUUUUCCAGUCUGCUUGGUUUUUGUUUGGCUUAUGGUCACAGAAAUGUUGAGGUCUAUCCCGAUAGGAUCUCUUCUGUAGGUUCAUGUCGUUGGAAACGCCUCACAGAACAAACUUGUGGUUUAGUUUUACCCUUUGAGCUACCUGUUAGCUCUGUGGGAUAGAACUACAAGACAAAUCUUCAUGUACCAUUUCAGGAAUGGAAGUAACAUGUCAUGUUCUCCCUCAGGUACUGGCUCAUGCAUUUGAUAUAGAUGAAAAAAAUUCAAAUGGAAAAGCUUGGUAAGAGUGAAAAAGAGCAUGUUCUGAGAGAUGAAAUGUAACUAACAUGUUUUAAUUGUGUGGGUUGAACUUGCUCUUCAGCCAGGUACCAGACCUCUGUGUUUUUUUCUGGUUGGCUUGAAGCAGAUUCUUUUCAAUCUGAAAGUGAUUUACUGUGCCUUGUGGUGGCUUUAGGUUUAAAUUAGAAAGUCUUGCCCUCUAAUGUCUGUCCAGUCUUAAAAUAACUCAAUGAGCAUGCUGGAUUUUUGCUCUGCGAUGUAAUUCAGCAAUGCUGCUUUUCUGUUGUUAAGUUUCAAAGAUUUAAAGUCUGAGUUAAUUUCUGAGCAUCUCAGCCAGUUUACUGGUACAGUGUUAGAACUCCUGAGUUAUAUGAAGCAUAGUGCUAUUCUAUAGAACAUAGCUUAAAGUAAAAGAAGGACAAUACUCACAUAAGCCCACUGUGCUGGGAAUAUAAAGAAUACUUGAAAGAAUUGUGAGGCUGCUGAAAUUGAUGAAAUUUCUUUUCCCUCUUAGCAUGGCAACUUCUGUGAAAUUGGUACUUCAUUUUGGCUUAUCACUAACUCGUGUAUGGAGAACUUGAACCUUAACAUGCAUCUGUUGAUGGAGGACUGCUGCGUCUGUUGCACUGAAUGGUAUCUGCACCCAGCAGCAUUCUUCUGAUGGGGUGUUCAAAAAUCAGUGCUACAGUAGUUCAGCAUUUGGCAUCGUUGGUUUUCACUCUGCUGUGGUUGUUAAACCUGGUAUUCUUGCUGAUACAGGCUUUGUCCUCUUCAAGGAUUUGAGCACAGUCCUUUUUUGUUGGGCAGGACUUGUCAGUGUGAGAGCUGACUGUGCUGGUUCUCCCUGGUGUGCUCAGUUUGUUUCUCUAAACAGGUCCCCUGGGGUACAGAGCAGUCAAUUGGCUGUGUGAAAUGGACUAGCUGUGGAAGAGGAAACAGCCUGUUGGACAGAUUGCUGCUGUCACUGAAUGUUGGGGUUAAGAAGCUGUACCUGAGUGCUGCCACAGCAAGUCUGUAGGUCCUGAUGUGAUGUUGCUGCAAGUCUCUUGCAAGAAAGAAAGGGCCAGCUCUUACAUGCUCUUAAACACUCCUCUAUUUCUUGUAAUAAUGGAGAAUUUAAAAUAUUUUAACUUAAUUGCCCUCCAAGUUGAAGUAGUGGAUCAAGGUGUGGCUGUAGUAGGGAAGGAUUAUCAACUGUGUUCAAACUGUUCCAAGUGUGGAAAAGAGGCUGUUUACUUCAUACAAAAAGUAACAUUCAAAUAAAACUGAUGCCUGAAAGAA